CUUCGUCGGCCGUACGGUCGUAACGAACAACAAAAUAAAUUGUAAUGUAAACAUUAAAUAGUAAAUCCGAAGACCGAAAUUCGUCAUUCGCCAGUUGGCACUUGACGUUGACAGUUAGGCUUAGCCGCUUAGGACUGUUUAAACGCUAGUCAAUAAAACAUUACCCGUUCUAUUGAGCACCGCACUAUUGCACUAAGCUCGUGCCUCGCAGUGAGGCGGUUUUACAAUUGUGUCUUUCCGCGUUCGUCUCUCUCCCCUUCUGUUUACCGUGUCCCCGACCCGACUCGCCAGUCUUCAAGUCGCCGGGCACUCGGUUUUGUUUAUUCACAUUGAAAUUCUUCAUCGUUGACGUCAUCUCCACACGGGAGGUGUGCAAACAACUCAAUAACAAUAUACGUUUCUAUACAAUCUUUAUACAGUAUCAAUACGACAUUCAUUAUUGUAUCGCCCCCGUUCGUUCGUUUUUUCUUCCACUCAUUAUAUUUCGAUAAACUUAAUCUGCUAUGACCAUACAUCACGUUCGACGUUCAAUACUUCAAUGCUGUGACGAUGAUUCAUUGUUUCGUCAUCGUCACUGGGCUUCCGUUUUUUUCCGUGCGUGAAUGUUAAAAAUUGCACUAAUUUUUUACGACGAUAGUACGAUAUUCCAUCGAACAAAUUUGUCGUUUCUUCACAGCUUCAAUAUUCUCUUAAGCCUUACGAAAAGCAAAAAAUCGGUUUACACGAUAUAUCACACCGGACAAUGGCUUUGGAACCGGAAGAACACUUUAAGACACCCGAAUGGGUUUCGAGGUUGGAAAAUAAACACAAAAAAUAUCAUAAAUUAGCUCAUGAAGUCGGAUCUGGUUCAAAUUGUUUAAAAUGUGGAGAUGCUUGUCCUGGCUUGGAUUUACAUUUUUGGCGAAAAGUGUGUUUGAAUUGUAAAUGUAAAAAAGAAGAACAUAAUAUUGUAGAUGAAGAUCAAUAUAAACAGUUGGAUAUUUUAUUUAACGAUUCAAAAUCAAAUUACCAACCAAUAAAAGCAGUGUUGAAUAUGAUUAUUAAACCUGAUGAUCAACUUAUAAAAAAACAAGAAACUGAUCAAAACAAAAAUGAAUUUAAAUUCGAUUGGGUCCCACCCAAUGUUCAUAAAGAUCUAGCUUCAGAGUACAUGCAGUUGUUACCAUCUGACAAAUUACCUAUUAGUGGUAGUGAAGGAGCUUUUUACAGACGCAAGCAGCUAGAAAAACAAGUUCCUUUACAUGAUUUUAAUGCAAAUGUUUGUCAUAAUCUUACUGUUGAAGAAGCUGAUGCUAUGGGUUCUUAUUUAAAAAAUUUAAAAGAGAAUGCUGUUGGUCAAGGCUUGGUCAAAAAACUUACUGAUAACACUAAUCAUCCAAUUCCAUUGUUUAAAAAUAUGAAUCUUACACCAAAACCAUUUAAAAAAAGUUAUAAUCAACCGCUCGAAGAAGAAGAAUUUCCUCCUCCUCCUCCAGAACUUUUGUAUCCGUUGUCAAAUACUGAAUUAAAAACACCGAGUUCAUUUAUUGGGAACAAAAACUAUUCUGGAAGCAUUAAACCAGAAGUCAAUAUUUUAGACACUGUUAAUAACAAUCCAGCUGAAUGUAACAGACAAACUAUUACUUCACAAAGGCCAAAUUCAAACAUUGCUGUAUCAGCAACUUUACCCCAACAACAGACAAAUUUCUCCUCAAAUAUUCAGAAUGACAAUUACAAACCUGUGCUACACGAUAAAGAUAUUGGUGAAUCAUUAAAAAAUCCACUCUGGGAAGGUUCAAAUGAAUUCACAACAUCCCAUGCUGAUAUUUUUUCUGCUGGCAAAGAAUUGCGUUGUAAACAAUGUAAUAAGAAUGUAAUACCUGGUCAAGUUGCUGUUAUGGCUGAACGCACUGGUAAAGAAGUAUUUUGGCAUCCAUCGUGUUUUGUUUGUACUACAUGCGAGGAAUUAUUAGUUGAUCUAGUAUACUUCUACUAUGAUGGGAAUGUUUAUUGUGGUAGACAUUAUGCUGAAAUCUUAAAUAUACCACGAUGUAAUGCUUGUGAUGAGUUGAUAUUUUUGAAAGAGUAUACAAUUGCUGAAGAUCACACCUACCAUGUUCGACAUUUUUGUUGUUUUGAAUGUGACAAACCAUUAGCUGGAUUAGAAUAUGUGUCAAUUGAAAAACAACCGGUUUGUUUGGAUUGUUACCAAAAUAAAUAUGGAAAAAAAUGUGAAACCUGUCAUAAUAUUAUUGUGGCUGGUGAAAACAGAAUUGGCUGGCAAGAGUUGAGCUGGCACGAAUCUCCUGCAUGCUUUAAAUGUUAUCAGUGUUACACAUCAUUGUUAGGUAAAAAGUUUACUGUUAAAAAGGAAAAGCGGCCUUUGUGUAGCAGAGAAUGUGUAAUAGCUUUUAACAAUUCUACAGAACUUUAAUAUUGUAUUAAAUUUUAUUUUUUUAUAUACAAGGGGAUUCAUUAAGUACUUUUGAUCUUUAGUGGUAGAAUAGUGAUUUCAAUUAUUCUACCACUAAAUUAUCACUAUGCUUAAUAAAUAAUCUUGUGUAAACAUUAAUAUUAAUACUUUUAAGUUCUAAUGACAUUUUUAUUAAAUUAAGAA